CUGCCCCUAGGUGUGAUGUUUAAGGCACCAGCGAACGAGGACCAUGCAGCAGGGCCCCAAGAAGACUGCGGGAGCAGCUCCAGGAGGAGCUGGGGUCUGUUGGUCACAGCUGGUGUCGGUGGGACCUUGUUGGCACUCUAUGCUGUGGUUAUCCCUUUCGUGACCCCAGCUUUGAGGAAAGUGUGCCUGCCCUUCGUUCCUGCAACUUCCUCUCAGAUCCAGAAUGUGCUGAAAAUGUUAGAAAACAGAAGUGGCUUGCUAGUUGACAUUGGUAGCGGGGAUGGCCGUAUUGUGAUAGCAGCUGCAAAAAAGGGAUUCAAAGCUGUUGGUUAUGAAUUAAAUCCCUGGCUAGUUUGGUACUCCAGAUACCGUGCCUGGAGAGAUGGGGUACAUCACAACACCAAAUUUUAUAUUUCAGACUUAUGGAAGGUUUCUUUUUCCUGUUACACAAAUGUUGUUGUUUUUGGGGUACCUCAGAUGAUGCCACAGUUGGAGAAGAAGCUGGAAGAAGAACUUGAGUAUAAUGCCAGAAUCAUUGCCUGUCGUUUCCCUUUCCCUUCCUGGAUCCCAGAUCGUACUGCUGGAGAAGGAAUAGACACUGUGUGGGCCUAUGAUUUGAAACACUAUAGAGGAUGUAAAACAGAAAGCUUGGAAAUUACACCAGAGACGGAAUCCUAAACAUCUAAUUUUGUUUAGCAUUGGAGUUUUUGGCUUUGACUUCACCUGUUGGAGAUGAGAUUAAUGUGAAUAGAGCCCCCAAAAUACAGAGAUAUAUGUUCUCUGAAAUGACUGUAGUAUACUGACUAUCUGAAAGUACAUGAAGGUUCUUGAAAAGUGUGGUUCAAUGGCUUAAUGAAUUAGCUACAAUUAUGAGAAAGUUUUAUAGAAGCAGAAAAUUUUGAUACAGAAAAUGGGAUAAACCAUGGUCCACUGCUGUUAAAGGGAAUGUAUUUUAAUGGGAUUGUAUAUUAAAGGCAAAUUAAAAUGGUCAAAUUGGUGAACUCAAUACAUGUGUUCUUUCUGAGUCUACAUAGCAUUUGGUGGUGGUGUUGGAAGUGGUCAAAUGAGCUGUGAUUUCCAGUGUAUUGGGUUUGGCUGAGCUGGAGUUAAUUCUCCUCAGAGCAUCUUUAUAGCCCUGUAUUUUGCAGUGCUGCAGCUGAGUGUUGAUAGCACACCAGUAUUUUGACUACUGCUGAACAAGCACCCAGGCUGUGCUUUUCCAACAUUUCCCUGCCCCAAGAGUAUGCUGAGGGGUGAGCAAGAUCUUGGGAGGGGACAUGGCCAGGCCAGUUGACCCAAACCAACCAAAGCGGUAUUCUAUGCCAUAUGACUUCAGAUAGAAGAAGGUGAAAGAAGGAAGUGUGAAGAUACUCGUCCACAGCAUCUGUCUUCCAGAGCAACUGCUAUGUGUGUUAGAACCCUGCUUCCUGGGAGUGACCAAAGAUUGUCUGCUGAUGGGAAGCAGAGAGUAAUAGCUCUCUUUGCUUUUGCUUCUGCACACAGUCUUUGCUGGUGCUUAGUAUUAUUAAAUUGCUUCCACCUUAUUAC